AUGGCACCAAUUCAAAAAACCGGCGAAGCCGCAAAACCUGUUGUUAGUAAAGAAGAUUUAAAGACUGGCCAAAAAGUUGUAUAUCAUCCUGUUGGUGGGAGUAUGCAACUUACCGAAGGAAUUAUCAAAGGAAUUACUGUUGGGAAUACUCAAAAGAAAGUUAAAGCAAGUAACGAAGAACCACGUAUAGUCAUUGAAAAUCUACAUACUCAUAAGGAAACCGCUUAUAAACUUGAAAAUAUUGAAAAGAUCGUGGAUGACGAGUAA